GUUCCAUAAACCUUCUUUAUCAACUCACCUAUAUAUACAGACACACACCGUACAGUCAACAAUCUAAAAAUUUCAAACACAAACAUGUUGGGAGGAAAAAGUAGCUUAAAUUAUGAUGAUGAUGAUGAUUUCACUUUCUUAGAGUCGAUUCAGAAUCUUAUUAAGCUCGAGGAUGAUUUUCAAACCCUAAUUACUAGUAUUAAUCCGCUCGAACAGGACGCGAGUUUCCUCACGACUGAUCAUCAUACUCGUUCAUCCUUCAAAAUCAACGAUUUAGAUGAUAUGAGUAUCACUGCUCUAGUAGAUGAAGGAAAUUUCGACUGGGUUAAUCCGUCAAAGCAGCUCGAUUCGACGAUCGUCAAGGCAGAGGUUAUUGAUAGUAAUGAUCCUGAACCUGUAGCCUCUGGUUCAAAUGCUGAUAAGAACAAGGCGCCGGCGGGAGGAUGGCAGUUUAGAGGGGUGAGGAGGCGGCCGUGGGGGAAGUUUGCGGCGGAGAUUAGAGAUCCGAAGAGGAAUGGAGCUAGAGUGUGGCUUGGAACUUAUGAGACGCCUGAGGAUGCUGCUCUAGCUUAUGACCAAGCUGCUUUUAAGAUGCGUGGCUGUAAAGCUAAGCUUAAUUUUCCUCAUCUCAUCGGUUCUCGAGAUUAUCAACCUCCGGUUAGAGUUAGCCCUAAGCGGCGUGUUAUGUCCGAUGUUGCAAUUUGGGUGAACAGUGAUUCUUCUAAGAGGAGAAGAUGACGGUGGCGAAAUUUCAUGUAUAUUCUCACAGUUCACAACAAGUUAUAAUUCCGAAAAUUCAGAGAAUGGGUGGGUAGAUUAGAGGCUUAGAGCUACCUAAAACCGUGAUUAAUAAGUUAUGUUAAAUAAAUUCCAAUUUUUGUAGGAAUUCAUUUGAAAUUUCUUAUGUUUGAUUUGCUAUGGAAAUUUAUUUUAAAAUUUAAGGGAAUUUGUAAAAAGUACUCUAUUUUAAAAAAAAAAUUGUAAAAACUACUCCA